UCAUCAUCACUUCUGAACGCGCACUUCCUAGCAAAGUCGACAUGAAGUAAUUGCUUCUAAGAACUUCACAUUGUUAAAACUAAAUUGUCGGAAAGUAUUGCCGUUAAAAGGGCGGUGGGUAAAUCAGUGCGGCGUGAACCGGGCAUGAAUACUGCGCGUACAUUCUUGUUUUUCAUCUUGGUCGUCUUGCUUGACAGAAUAUUCACUUGUUGUGCAGAGCUUAAUUCAUCUUCAUCCAUAGAGAACUCCAUCUCUCCACAAACCAGAUCAAGUGGUAGUCUUUUAGUUAAAUCUGCGCUCUACUCAAAUUGUAUUCCGUCUACGGUCCAACCAAGUAUUAAAAUCAGUUUUACUUCGUCAAUUAAAAGAAGCAUUCACCUGGAAACUGACACAAAAUACAUGAGAAGUUCGUUGGUCAUGAUGACUUCUGUCGCAAGUCCAACUAAAAAACUGGUCGUCCACACCACCAAACCUGUGCGACAGCCUCCACCAGCACCACAGCUGACUUCAUUUGGGAUAUUUUUAAUAACGUUUGGUGGUGUGUUAAUUGUAUGUAUGAUCAUCGCUUUAGUUUGGAUAUGCUGUGGGAGAGAACGCAGCCCUGAAGCGCCACAUCCUCAAGUGAAACUGAAACCCUGGAGUCAUAGCCCACCGGAGCAAAGUGUCAAUGAUACUGCUACCGAAGUAAGUGAUCUUCCAAACAGCUAUCAGAACCAGGGAUUAAAUAGUUCGAGUCCAGUUAGCCCUUCCACAAAAAAUACCAAUACCAGGAGAACAACAGAAGAUUUCAGGGAGUCACCGCUAAUUUAGGGAUACGACUGAACUCAUCUUUUGAGAUAAAAUAUUUCCUUCUGUACGUUUUAACAUCAUGAAGGCCUGGUUCCAAUCUAAAUGUAAGAUAACUGCGUCGAUGUAUGCGCCCACUUGGUGAUGAGAGCGAUUGUGAGAAUAGAACCGCAAUACAGACAUUAUGUAUAAGGAAUCUUUUUUGCGAUGUGUUGUUUAUGGAUAAAGAGGACAGAAAAAUUGAUGACUCACAAUAGUAGGCGACUGGACACACUCCUUUCACCGUUUGAUGAGGACAUAACUAGCUUGGACCUUGACCCUUUCUGUGAUUCCACGGUGAUAUCGUGGCACUCGCAGUGGCUGGUGGGAAACACUUCGGGCACAAGACACAAAUGUUUAUAAAUAACCGUGUUGUAUUUUUGUAUUGAUCCAUGCCAACGUUGAAAGUCAUAUGUGUCUGACACACGAAGGAGAAGCCUGGAAAUUAGAUCAAAUGGGUUCAUCUUUGUCAAUAGUCAAAUACAAAAGAAACCGCCAAGCAGUAAUGUAUAUGAUGCAAAUUACACAAAAUUCCUUAAGAGGAGUGUUCUUAUAGUUUAUGUUUGAAUAUGAUCAAGAGUUACUCUGGUUUUGACUUGAUUAACUAUCUUGAAUUUUAAACGCAAACCGGCUUUAUUAAACCACUGCCGCUAUCGACCAAACCUGUAAGCAUUAUCCAAAAGAAAGUAAAUCAAAAUAUAGAUAAAGGAGCGAC